UAUAUAUAUGGCUCUUUCCCCCCAACCUCUUCUUGUCUCCUCAACUAUCAUCUUCCUCUUUCAUCAAUUUACCUAAUUGUCUCAUUUUUUCUCCGAAUUUUUGAAAUCUCCCCCUUCUUUCUUUCAUCAAUGGCUAUAGGUGGAGUGAUCAAGAAGAGAGAUAUGACGAAAAAACAAGAUGAUGAUUACACAAUGGAUGGAACAGUGGACAACCGUGGCCACCCUGCCAGUCGCCAAGAUACUGGGAAAUGGUUCGCGAGUAACAUUAUCCUUGUAAAUCAAGGGUUGGCUACCUUGGCGUUUUUCGGAGUUGGAGUUAACUUGGUACUAUUCUUGACAAGAGUGCUGGGAGAGAACAAUGCUGAUGCCGCAAACACUGUCAGCAAAUGGACUGGAACCGUCUACAUAUUCUCCCUUGUUGGUGCCUUCCUCAGUGAUGCAUACUGGGGAAGGUUCAAAACAUGUGCCAUUUUUCAGAUAACAUUUGUCAUAGGUUUGGCCUCAGUAUCUCUAUCAACAUAUCUCUUCUUGCUCAGACCAAAAGGCUGUGGAGACAGGACAACUCAAUGUGGAAGACAUUCAAGCACGGAGAUCGGAAUGUUUUAUUUCUCUAUCUACCUUGUCGCCUUGGGAUAUGGAGGGUAUCAACCUAACAUAGCAACAUUUGGUGCUGACCAGUUUGAUGAAGAGUACGAGAGCGAGUCACACUCAAAAGUGGCUUUUUUUAGCUACUUCUAUCUAGCGAUGAAUCUAGGCUCACUCUUCUCCAACACUUUACUAGGGUACUUUGAAGAUGAGGGGAUGUGGGCUCUGGGAUUCUGGGCAUCAGCUGCCUCUGCGUUUCUGGCACUCGUUCUAUUUCUUGUAAGAACACCAAAAUAUCGCCAUUUCAAGGCAACAGGCAACCCCCUCUCAAGGUUAUGCCAAGUUCUUGUUGCUGCAAUCAGGAAAUGGAAAACUGAAAUGCCAGAUGGAGAGAGACUAUACGAAGCAGAUCAAAAGGAGUGUUCCACUGAUGGAAACAGAAAGUUACUCCAUACUGAAGGAUUCAAAUUCUUGGACAAAGCAGCAUAUAUUAAAUCUGGGGAUUUCUACAACCAGGAGCAAAGUCUACAUAACCCAUGGCGUCUUUGCCCCAUAAGACAGGUCGAGGAAGUGAAGUGCAUUUUAAGGCUACUACCUAUAUGGCUGUGCACCAUAAUCUACUCGGUAGUGUUUACUCAAAUGGCGUCACUCUUCGUUGAGCAGGGUGCUGCUAUGAAAACUACUAUCUCAAACUUCAGAAUUCCAGCUGCAAGCAUGUCCAGCUUUGACAUUCUCAGCGUUGUAGCUUUUGUUUUCAUCUACAGAAAGGUUCUUGAUCCUAUAAUGAGCAGAGUGAGGAAGACAGAGUCAGGAGGGUUAACUGAGCUGCAUAGAAUGGGUAUUGGUCUGAUUAUAGCAGUAUUGGCCAUGGUCUCAGCUGGGAUUGUGGAGUGCUAUAGACUCAAAUAUGCCAUAAAAGAUUGCCCUCAUUGCAGGGCGCCAAACCCAAGCACACUAAGCAUUUUCUGGCAAAUUCCUCAGUACGUUUUCAUUGGUGCAUCUGAAGUUUUCAUGUAUGUCGGUCAGUUAGAGUUUUUCAACGCCCAAGCACCCGAUGGACUUAAGAGUUUCGGAAGUGCACUUUGUAUGACAUCUAUCUCACUAGGAAACUAUGUGAGCAGCUUAAUUGUCUCCAUAGUUAUGAAAAUCUCAACAGAGGAUCAUAUGCCAGGGUGGAUACCAGGAAAUCUCAACAAGGGUCAUUUAGACAGGUUUUUCUUCCUCUUAGCAGCUCUCACAACAAUAGAUUUUGUUGUUUAUCUAUUAUGCGCAAGAUCGUACAAAUGCAUCAAGCUGGAAGGAAAAUCUGACGAAGACAACAGCCAAGUCGAAUAUGAUGUCUGACGUCAGUGAUAAUGUCUCCAUUUUCAAGGCCUUCAUGCUUCACUUGAAUAAAAAGGUAAAGGGGUAGAGUACAUUCGCCAUGAAGACCUUUUUGAAGGGGUGGGGGAGAGGAAGAUUAUUCGAAGGGAGUAACAAGAACUGUUAGAACUUGUCACUCUUAUCAUAGAAUGAUUGAAAGAUAACAUUGAUAUCCACUGUAUUCCCUAAAGAGCCGGGCUUGAGCAACAAGUUCAAGGGAAUUGCUGCUUUUUUGCCCUUCUAACUAAAUGCUCAUGUGUUGGCUCCAAUUUUAAGGAAUAAGCUGUGUACUUUAAUUAUGCUAAUAGUUGGUCCAUUUCCUAUUGGACUUUUUCUUUAA